CGUUUAAAUUACAGGAAGUAAAGACAAAAAGUGUUUCUUAUUUAUUAAUUUAUUUAUUGGCUACAGAUGGCAUUUAUCUGAGUUUAAUUGAUUUUUAAACCCGAGAACUGAGCAAGUGAAUAGAUGUUAUGGUUGUCAGAUUAGCAAGGUAACAUUCCAUACAAGACACAAUAUGGUUGGCAUGGUAACACUCACCUUGGGUUUGACGGUACUACUCCCUCUGGUGCUGCACAUUACUGCUCAAACUACAGAAACUAACAGCUAUGGUACAGCUUGUCCAAACCCUGAUGAGUUUCACAAUGGUAUUUGGAUGGAGAAAAGCAGUCCAAAGACCAUAAUGUUUAAAUGUCACGAUGGAUAUGAGUUGAAAGGUCACGCGAGUCGAGUAUGUUUGAGUAAUGGAACUUGGAGUCCUCCAGAGAUGCCGACAUGCAUUGAGGUGGCUGUAGUUAAACCUGCAUUUGAAAUGGUAUCAUGCGAGAAACCAUUCCUUGCCAACGGAAACAUCAAGUAUAACUAUGGUUCUCACUUCGCACCGGGAGAUUCAAUUCAAGUGCAAUGUCAUAACCAGUAUGCAAUGAAGGUUGACAGUACACUUGUCAGGGCCCUCAACUUAUACUGUAGUCAAGAUGGGAAAUGGGCUACCAGUGAUGGUUGGAUCAUCAACCCAGAAUGCUCAGUGAGACUUUGUGGAAGUCCACCAGAUGUUCCACACAGUACUAGAGGUGAAUCUUUAAACAUGCCCAUGGUUAAUAUGGAGAUGGCAGAAGGACAGGAAGUAUAUUACACAUGCAAUGCGGGUUAUACAAUGGUGGACAGCAAGGCUAAUCAUUUAGUGUGCAGUAACGGGGAUUGGCAGGGAAAUAUCCCUACCUGCAUAUCUCUAGAAAUGUGUCCAGAACCGCAAGAAAUAAAUCAUGGGGGUUUCAGAAUUCUUGAUGCUGGCAUAAAAGACAUGUUUCGUUACCGACUUGGCACAGUUGUUCAUUAUGUGUGUAGUGCAGGCUACAAAAUGAUAGGCCCAUCCAGCAUUGAAUGUAUGGAAGGGUCAAGAUGGUCACAUCAUCCCCCAAAGUGUGUUCCCAUGCAAGAAUCAAGCAAGUAUUGCAAAAGCAUAAACUCUGUAAGCAAUGGACGCUGUUUCUGUGAGUCAAAGAGUGACCUACAAUACUGUGAACCAUUUUUUGCUGGAAUGCAUGUGGAGUGUGUUUGUAAGGAGGGUUACAAGCUGAUUGGUCAAUCGAUUGUUACAUGCAAACAAGAUGGACAGUGGGAUUACACAAUGCCUUCAUGUAUUCAAGACAAAGAAAUCAACGAUAACAAGUCUAAUGAUUCCAGUAGUAACCAGUCACACAUGAGUACAUUGGCGAUUGUUGUUGCUACAGCAUGCAGUGUUCUUGGCGUUUUACUGUUGAUAAUGGUUAUAAUGGUGUUUAGACGUAGAAAACCCCACCCACCUCGAUUGUGCAGAACGUCAUCUGUUCCGCCACCGUAUUCCAGAGUUCACAGCAAUUCGUUGGACGAACAAGAUCGUAUGCUACUUAUCGGCUAUGAUAACGCACAGGUUGCUUUGCCUUCGUAUGAAGAGGCCAUCAGGGGAAAUAACCAACAUAAUCAUGGUACUCAGAGGACAGGUCAAGGUCAAGUUGGAGAGUAUCGCCCACUACCUAGCAUUCCUACGAAUUUCCGACCGGGGCAGUUGCAUAGCGGAGAAGCAUCAAGCAGACAUUCAAUUAUAACGACAAGUACAAUGAAUAGAGAUGGUAUAUCAGAAGUGUUUGGUUCUAUAGACACAGUGAAUGUGAGCAUGAGUGAUGCAUCCACAGCUGUGACAAUAGAAACCUGUGAUAGUGCGUCAUCGCAUCAUUCCAAUGUGUCGAGACGAGCCACUGCUGGCAGUAUCAACUCAUCUAAUGGUAGCUUAGUCACUGAAGAUGUUCCAUUGUUAGAGAGUAACCAAAGAAGUGAUGAAAUAGAAUCUGUAGGUAAUGACGAUGAUGUACAAGAUAAACCAGACAAUUGAUGAUAAACAUUUUAGAUAAACCAUAGAUGAUCAACGUACAUACCAAGUACAUGACAUUGUGCUGAUUAACUACAAUUGAUGAUGAACAUUGAAGAUAAACCAUAUAUGAUAAACAUAUAUGCUAAUCGCAUCUUGUAGUGAUUGUGAUUUAGCAUGUUUUGUAGUGCAAUUAAAAACACCAAACAGCUGAUGAUAAACAUUGUGAGGCCCAUCACAUGGUGCUGAUAAAUCAAACAAACAGAUAAACAUAAUUGAUAAACAAUAUUAUACAUGAUAAACAUAUAUGCCAAGCACAUCUUGUAGUGCUGAUAAACAGAUAUAUAUAUUAUAACCAAGCACAUUUUUAGUGCUUUAAACAAUCACAAUGGUGGAUGAUAAACCGUCAGACAUGGACUUAAUGUUGAAUGUUAAACUGGAUAAUUAGUGAUAAACAUUGAAGAUACAACAGAGAUUAUGAACGUCCAAUGCCAAGUCCUUGUUAAUGGGCUGUGACUUUUUUUGAGAUGAACAUUCCUGAUAAACAGUGGAUGAUGUCUAACCCUUAGCCUGCUGCAGGCGAAUUUAACAGCCUUUGCAAACAGCUUGGAACCAGAUCAGACGCCGAUUAAAUCGGCGUCUGAUCAGGUUCCAAGCUGUUUGCUACUCUGACAAUAUUUCUUCCAAUUUUGGAGCAAAUUGAAUGAACUUUACAAUUUUAGCAGAUGACAUUUCCAGCAGACGACAAUUUAUCUAGCAUGCUAAGGGUUAAACAACUUCACCCUAUUGUAUUAGAUAAACCAGACAGCUCAUACCAGACCCACCUUGUAUCACUGCAGACAAAAUGAAUAGCUCAUAUGAUUUUCGGAAACUAAUUAUGUAGAGCACAUCUUGCAUUGCUUUUUUAUAAGAUAGCAGGUUAUAACAGAACAUUAAGUUGUGUUAAGAAGCUGAAUUGAAAAUUGGGUAUAGAAAUGAAGAUUGACUUUUGCCCAAAACGGUCUAAAAACUGAAAGUCUGUAAGUGGAGUUUCUUUUAUGAAGAACUUUCUUUAAAAAAACUGCAAGCAAUAUUUUGCAAAUUUAUUUAUUGUUGUAGGAAACAUCUGACAAAGAUAUACACAUUUAACAGUACGGGUAUGGGAACUAUCAGUUUUUUUUUUCAGUUUUUUUUUUAAAACAAAUCUGAGAUUUUCAGUUCCAGCGACCACAUCCAAAGAAAAUGAGUAUAAAUUCAUUGAAAGAAGCUUCAUAAACACUCUCAUCAUCUUGUGUGUCCUAAAUAUGGCAAUAAAAAAUGCAUCUCUUUUUUUUUUUCUAAUCUGUGAUGAACCUGUAUUGAAUGAUGAAAAAGGAAUUAUUACAAUAAAGAAGAAGAAUAUUCUGAUAGGAAAAAUAUAUAUAAUUUUUUCAGUUAUUUUCAACUUGACAAAUUUUAAAAUUGUGUUGGCCAUUAAAGGCUGAAGUGAACAUUCAACAAUGUCCUUUGUUUUAAAAGAGCACUUAUUGAUGGUGCUGAAAGAGUGUAAGAGAGAAUCCCCUAGGACAUAUUUUUUUCUUCCCAAUUUGAUCAAGGGGAACAAAAUCUCCACUAAAAAUUUAAAAUAUUAAACAGAAAUUAAAAAAUAUAAUGUUUUUGAAAUGAGUAUUAUCAGUUUUUAAAUGGAAUGAAAUGAAUACUUGGAUAUAAUUGAAAAAAAUUCAAAAAGAGGAUUUUGUCUGUCUUGGUCAAAUUGAGAGAGGGGAGGCUCGGGGCUGGGUUGUAUAUUUGGGUCUAUUUAGAUUUUUGGGGGGCUCAGUUUAACGCCACUCCCACACAGGUAUAGGUCAUUUGGCAACUUUCCAGCUUUUUAUGGUGUGGGGAGACCCUUAGUGCCCCUCCAGGCAUUAACGCGGGCAAGGACUUGCACCUGGGUGGAACCACCGACCUUUAGUAAGCCAGCUGGAUGGCUUCCUAACCUGAAAGAAUUCUACACCUCGCUCAAUUUAAAAAUUCUACUCUUGAAGCGAGGUUCCGAGUCCACAGUGGUGAGUGGCAGAUUGUUGAGAUUGAUUUAGAUAAUGUAAUCAAGAAUAUUUUUUUUAUACUGUUGAACAGUACCACUGCAAGAGGAAUAUAAAAUUGUUUCAUAUAAAAUGAUUAUUUUGCUUUAAAACAUGUAUUAUGUAAUUGUUCCCACAUUUGUCUAGUUCAUUUUUAAUUAAAGAAUGCAUUAUGGCAGUACAUUAGAAGAAAGUAUGAUUUUGUCAUAGUAUUUGAGGAAUUUUUAUGAGAAAGAAAAGUUGAUUUUAUGAGUUAAUCAUGUAUUCAUAUAAAAGAUCUGCAAUUUUGUUUGUGUGUAUGUUGAUACAAUCUACUUGAUAAGACUUUGAUAUUAUUGUUUAAUUAGAUUUAAUGAAAAGAAAGAUUUUUGUUGUUUCUUUCAAGCUAUAGUUUCAUUAGAACAAUUUUUGAUUUGUAUGAAAUUCUGAAAAUUGAAAUACAUGAAUUAUAGAUGGGUAUUUUUACAUACAUCCUGUUUAUUGGAAUAGUCAAAACCAUUUUAUGUAUUGAAUUUAUUUUUUUGUAUGUGAGCCCUUUUUUGUAUAUGAGCCCUUUUUGGCUAUGUUUAUUUAAAUAUCUGUCUGUCUGUCUGUCUGUCCUUAAAAAAAUUGUCUUUCUAGAUGUACACAUGUGCUAUCUGUUUUCAGUGUUCUGAUAUUUUCCUGUGACGGGUAUGGUUGUGCAACAUUUGUGUGUGUUACUUAAAUCAUUUACACUUGUGAUAAACUUUCCUAAGUCUGAUGAAAAAAGACUAAAAAGGAAGAAACAUGAAUUUUUCAGAUGAGUUUUUGAAUUUCAUUCAAAAGGAUGUUGGACUAUUUCUAAGUGUCAGAAGUAAAUACCUGUAAAGAUAUAUACCAAGUUAAUAAUGAGCAAUUGAGUUUGAUGGUGGAAUUUUAGGAAAAUUAAAAUUUUGUGUUUUGGAUUUUAAUUUUUAAAAACGAACAUGAUAGUCUGAUAUAAGUGACACAUAAUUAAUAAUGGGGCAAGGAUUUUGAAUGAAAAAAACAAACAUCAAAUUGUUUUCAGCUUUUAACAUUCAUUACCAUUGUUAAAAUGAGUACAGUGCUCCCUCUCUACACCAACACUCUUUGGGAGACAGAAUAUUUGGUUGUUAUUUUCAGAGGGAGUUGUUGUAGAGAGGUAAAAUAAAGAACAGUUGGCAUAUUAGGAGUCAGAAGCAAGUGUUGUUGCAAGGAGGGAAUUGUUGUUCAGAGGGCCUCUGUAGUGAGGUAGCACUGUAUUUUUUUAAAGAAAGUUUGAACUUCAAAGAAAUCGUUAGCAACUCGUUUUAACAAAAACUGGUUCAAUUGAAGGCAUUUUCAGAAAUUGUUGUUUUUACAUUUUGUUAAAGCCGAGGGAAAGCCUCAAGUGGGCAAAAACAUGCUGCAUGACAGUCUGCUAGAGCUCAGGAUUCAAGCUUGUAAAUCACAGUAUUGGGACUGAUCGCAGAAUGUGAGCAUUUGAUUGGUUGAUUCUGAUCAUAAUUUUCAAAUUGACCAAUGGCAUGACAGCAGUCUGAACUUUUUUGUGAGCUUGGAGUCCUGUCUGCUCUAAUGACUUGAUUUGCAUGUUAGAUGCUGAUGUUCAUUCAGUCAGUCUGAAAACUAAAAUGUCAUACCUUCAGGAAGAAUACCUUGUACCUACCUCCCCCUCCCCCUCCCCCCACCCUCCCCCCCCUAAAAAAACCCCAAAAAACCUUUGGGCCAGGGAGACAUGAAUUUACAGGCCCAAUUUGUGAAACACAUAUAUCUACUUUGAUAUGCAAACAAGGCAAAGCUAUGCUUAAAUAGAAACUUCUAAAGAAUGAACUUGAGCAGUUUCUACAAAAAAAAACUCCACUGAUGUUCACUUAUGAUUUAAGUGUUGUUUUUUUUUUUUGGUGUGGUGGGGGGGGGAGUGAAUUUAUAUAGGGGAAUAGGGAAGAUUUGUUUUUGCAAAAAUGGAUAUGCCUCUAGAUAUAAAUCACAAUAUCAAAAUACUUAGAACAGCAACAUCGAUAGAAUUCAAAAUGAAAAUGAAUUAAUAUUUGAUAUUUUUGUUCUUAGUUAAAGCUAAACCUCUUUAAUACAUAUAGUUUUAUUGCAUGACAAUUGCAUUGAUUAGAGUUUCAACAUAUUUACAGAACCUAUAUUAAAUGCUUUAUAAAUAACUCUUGCGUACAUUUCACUAAAUCACUUUGCCUCGACAUUGUACUGCCAGACAAAAUUAAUCAGAAAAUAUUUAAUCUGGGUGACAUAGAAGUAGAGUUAGGGGACAGUGUCAAACUUUUCUUUAAAGUUGUUGACUCUAAUGAUUUUGUAACUUUUGAAGUAAUGAUAUAAUAGUUAAUUAGAAUGCAGAAAGAAAUUUCCAGUUUAUCUUACCUAUGUUAUACUGUGAAAUCAUUAAUAUUUGUGGGGGACAAAUUUUCGUGGUUGAGUCAGUCCACGAAAUUUAAUCCUUACGAACAAGUAAAAUUCCCAUUCAUUUUAUGUUCCAUAGUUGAAAUCGACAAAUUAAUAUCCCCAUGAAAUUGCAGUUUUGACCUAAACAAUGAAAUUUCAUGCCCAUGAAAUUGCAGUUUUGACCUAAACAAUGAAAUUUCAUGCCCAUGAAAUUAAUGAUUUUACAGUAAACUUUUUCUUUUUACUAUUUCCCUCAUCAGUAAGAAGAAAAAGUCACCUUAGUUUACAAGGUUUGUAAUAAAGGUUAAGAAAAAAGCAAAUAUAAAUUUUAUUUUUAGGUAAUUUAAUUGCCUUGCACUGAUAAAUUUCGUGUAAACUUUGAUAAUGAGAUUGAUGCAAUAUUUUUUUUCUAGAUUGUGUCUUUUGCCAAAUGAAAUCAUGUAUUAUAUAUUUGUUUCACAAGUAUUAUUAUGUGGACAGCAUUUCACUUUAAAUUAUCUCAUUUUAACAAAAAGCAGAGCAACUUCACUUAAAAUUAUGCAGAUAUAGAGGUAUUGUGAUCAGUUCUUUCGUUUAUUUAUUGAAUUAGUUUUGAUCUUUCAUUCACUUAUUGAGGUACAUGGUUUUUAGCUCACCUGAGCACAAAGUGCUCAUGGUUAGGUAUUGUGAUCACGCUUUGUCCGUCGUCUGUGCGUCAAGUCAUCCAUUGUCAACAAUUAUGUUUAAACUACAUCUCCAAAACCACUGAAUGGAUUUUGAUGAAACUUGGCCCGGAUGCUGCUUGGGUGGUCCACCAAAGUUGUUCAAAUGGUUUCGCUUGGUUGCACAUAGGGGCUGCUAGAGCUAAAAAUAGAAAAAUCUUCAAACGACUUCUCCUCCUAAACCGAUGGUCCUAUUUAGAAAUAAUUUCACACAAAUAGUCCUUAUGUCACCCUCUACCAAAAUUGUUCAAAUACGAUUUGUCAAAAAACAUGGCCGCCAGGGGGUGUGGUCACUUUUUCCUAUAUUUAUAUAGUAGAAACUUUAAAAAUCUUGUGUGAAACAGCUGGCCUGAUUUUAAAAUAAUUUUACACAAAUGUUCCUUGUGUGACCCUCUACCAAGAUUGUUCAAAUUAUUCUGAUUCGUCAAAAAACAUGGCUGCCAGGGGGCGUGGUCACUUUUCCCUAUAUGUAUAUUGUAGAAACUUAGAAACAGUAUACAUAUAUAUAAAACUGUUAGCCCGAUUUUAAAAUAAUUUCACACAAAUUGUCUUUGUGUGACCUUCUACAAAUAGUGUUCAUUUUUUUCUGAUUAGUCAAAAAGCAUGGCUGCCAGAGGGCAUGGUUACUUUUGAUCAACAAUUUCUUUAAACAACACCUCCUCCAAAACCACUGAAUGGAUUUUGAUGAAACUUUACACAAAUGAUAUCUGGGUAACACGUUUUUAGUGUUGUUCAAAUGGUUCCGGUUCAUUGAACAUUUGGGUCUUUUUGGUUAAAAAUUGGUUUUCAGCUAUCAGACUUUAAAAAUCUUUUUCUCUAGAGCUUUGAUAUUUGGCAUGUGAUAUAAGGGUUUGACUUUCUACCAUAAUUGUCCAAAUUAUUGCCCAAAGGUCAAAAAUGGCCACACCCCUGUGUAUGACAUGUACUUACUAAAGGCUUAUAUAUAAGAAACUUUGAAAAUCUUUACUCUGAAUCCAUAAGUAGUUCAAAUUAUUGCCCUAGGUUCAAAAAAGUGUGUGAAAUGUAUAUAAUAUAGGCUAACAUAGAAGAAACCUAACUCUGUACUUGUACCAUUACGUUAUACAAACACACUUGAAGCCCUGUACACAGGUGAGCACUUUAGGGUCAAUGACCCUCAUGUUCAUUUUCAGAACAAUUUUCCUUAACCUUUAGCCUGCUGGCGGCAAGUGAUUCUGCCUUUGCGACCAGUGCAGACCAAGAUCAGCCUGCACGGAUGUACUGUUCGCUGUUCAGUCAGUAAAUUUUCAGUAAACUCCCCUUUGAAUAAUAAAUUGUAUUGCCCAAAUUGAAUGAUGGACCAGUCAAUUUUAGAAAUUCAGCAGGGUAAGGGUUAAAAGACCACCUGAGGAAAGGGAAAAAAGUGGUCUUUUAAUACAACAGGUCUUUUAAACUAAUACAAUGUAAUUUGUUCUAGAACAACUCAAAAAAGGAAAUGAAAAGUGGCCUCCUAACACAGAUGGUCUCUUAUUACAUAAUUAUUUGCUUUGCAACAAAACAAGAUGGAAGUGAAAAAAUGGUCUCUUAAUGCAAGUGGUCUCUUAAUAGACAAAUGUCUCUUGUGCAAGUCUGACAGUAUUUCUUUUUAAAUACCAAAUGAAAAUAUGGUAAAACCUGCCCCCAAAGACUGCCUGUUAACAGAGACCACCCAACUAAAGGUGACACUCUUUUCAUUUCUUGUUUUAACAUUUGCAGGGUGUUUUUAACCAGUCAGUGAAGACCUCCAGCAAAUUAAGACUACUUUUUGCCUCUUCUAAGCAUGGUCCUUACAUUCAGGUGUAACUGUAUUGAUAUUAAACACCAUCCUAGCAAACUAAGAAGGCAGUUAUACUAAGGAUUUAUUCCCCAAAAUAUUUUUAAAAAAUUAUCAGAUUGAUUGGUUUGGUUUUGAAAUUUUUUAUAGAAAUUUAAAUCCACUUUGACGGAGUAUUUUCCAUGUUACAUAUAUGCCAACAAUUUUGAUUUAAAACAUCUUUCUUCAUUAUGAAGUUGCAAUUCUAACAACAUCUUAUAAAAUUUCUAGGUUAUUGCAAUCACCUAAGAAGCACCAUGUUCAUGUUAAAAAAAAAUGGUAAAAUUUAGUGUGUUUCAAAAUUUGUAGGAGGUAGAAUUUUGAAACAUUAAUAAUCUGAUAAAAAAUUUAUUUUUGGCCAUUAACUGGAACAGUAUCCUGUUUCAGUUGUUAUAUAAGAUAUUUUGAUCAUUAUUUUUUAACUCUUUACAGAAUUACCGAUUCAGACAAUAAUUACAUAUACUUGUUGCUUUAUUAUUGGAUAUUUUGAUGCUGGUCACCUACAAUACUGAGGAAUAACAGAGGAAUAAAAGUUGCUUUUGGUUAAGUUCAUACAAUAUAUACAUGUAUAUAUAUAUAUUUAUAUGUGUUUUUCAUUUAUUUUGACGUCACAUCUUGCUUUUGUAUUGAAAUAUUUGUAAAUAAAAUUGCCAAUAAACUGUUACUGGUUUGA